UUGAAAUGGAGUAUACAUCAGUUCACCUUGGUACACUUUUGCAAUAAUGUUUAGAUUCGUUGUUCUGUUUUCUUUGUUGGCCUGCGUUUUUGCAGCUACCAUGCCCAAGGGCAUGCUACCGCAAUUAGAUGGUCGUAUUGUUGGGGGCAAACCUACCACCAUUGAGAAAUCUCCUUGGCAAGUUUCUCUGCAAAGAAGCGGCUCUCACUUUUGUGGUGGUUCUUUCUACGACAAGAAUCACAUAGUCACUGCUGCCCAUUGCUUACAAGGAGCAAUAUCCUCCCAAAUUAAAGUACGCGCAGGCUCUACCACUUGGAAUGACGGUGGCAUUUUAUUGGACGUAGCAGAUUUUAAAAUUCACGAUGGAUAUAGUUCCAAUCUUAUGAUGAAUGACGUUGCUGUCAUCCGUUUAGCUUCUUCUGUUACGUACAGCUCCAGCAUUAAAAACAUUGAAUUAGCAAAGAAAGCCCCCGCUGACGGAGCCGAAGCUUCCGUUACAGGAUGGGGAACGCUACAGUCUGGCGGCGGUUCUCUACCUGUCACUCUGCAAACUGUUAACGUAGAUAUUGUCAGCCGAGAAAAAUGCGCCUCCUCAUCUUAUGGAUACGGAUCUGAAAUAAGGCCUACAAUGAUUUGCGCUUAUACUGAAGGUAAAGACUCGUGCCAAGGUGAUUCUGGUGGGCCUCUAGUUUCUGGAGGCCGAUUGGUCGGUAUUGUGUCUUGGGGUUAUGGCUGCGCUUUUCCAAACUAUCCUGGUGUCUAUGCUGAUGUUGCCGAUCUUCGUCGAUGGAUUUUCGACACUGCUGCUUCAAUUUAAAUUUGAGUUAACGGAUAUAUGGUUACGAAAAUGGAAAUAAAACUACUUGCAUACUUAUAAAAGCCUGUCAUAAAA